CUUUUUCAAUCGUCAACCAAUCGCAAUCCUUCUAACUUUUAGAGAGAGUGAGAGAAAAAAUCCUCCACACACAGAUGGCUUCUUCUUUCUUACUCACGGUGGUGGUUGCGCUCAUGGUGAUGUCUGUAUCCGUGUCGACGGCACAGGCGCAGGCAGAGUGUGCGUCGAAGCUAGUCCCGUGCGCUCAGUACCUCAACGCCACCACAAAGCCGCCCAACACCUGUUGCGAUCCGAUCAAGGAGGCGGUGGCCACCGAUCUACAAUGUCUGUGUAACCUCUAUGAGAAUCCUGCCUUCUUGUCUGGAAUCGGAAUCAAUAUUGAUCAGGCACUUCGUCUUCCUCAAUUGUGUGGAAUCCCCUCUGACACUAGCGCCUGUAACACUACUGCUCAAUCUCCAGCUGGAUCCACAACUCAAACUCCACCAGGUAGGACCCCUGGGGCUGGGGGUGGAAACGGUGUAGGUAAAAUUGCUUCAAGUGGGGUUAUUGGUUUACUAUUGAUUUCGGCUUGCAUGAUGUUAUUCUAAGUUGGGAGUUGUAGAAAUGUCUUCAUAUAUGAUUAAUUGUUGUGACAUCAUAUGUUAUAUAAUUCUUGGUGUAAAAACCAUAUAUAUUUAUUUAUGGUUCUUAUGAGUGUAAUUUAAUAAAUCAAGGCUAUUAGUUUCC